AAUCCGGCCGAAAGCACACCUCACUCAGACGCUAAAUACAGCCAGUCUGCGGGCCGAAGCAUCAAACAAGCAAUGUGGAAAUAACAAGGAUCCACAGAGCAAUAAGUGGCAACCAAGUCGGCGUAUAACUAGCUAGCUUUUGGAUAACAGAGAAAACCAAUCAUAACCCCCAGCAUGCUGCUCCUCUCCACGGCAACAGGAUAAAGAGCGAGGACGAGUGUGUGCUGCAGUGCCCCCCGUGAGCUGAGCAAUGGGGAACACGGCGACCAAGUUCCGCAAGGCGCUCAUCAAUGGGGACGAGGGCCUGGCCUACCAGCUGUAUGAGAGCAACCCCCAGUUUAAGGAGUCCCUGGACCCCAACACCUCGUAUGGGGAGCCCUAUCAGCACAACACCCCUCUGCACUACGCCUCGCGCCAUGCCAUGAACCGACUCAUGAGGUCCUUCCUUUUCUGCAAAGAUGGCAACCCCAACAAGCGGAAUGUGCACAAUGAAACAGCGCUGCACCUCCUGUGCAUGGGCCCGCAGAUCCUGCUGGCCGAAACUGCGCUGCACCCGCGCAUCACGCGCCCUUACGAGGACGAGCAGAAGCGUGCUGACUGCCUCCAGAUGGUGCUCAAGUGGACUGGUGCCAAGCUGGAGCAGGGCGAGUAUGAGCGGGCCAACGUCAAUGCCACCGACAACAAGAAAAGCACCUGCCUGCAUUACGCCGCUGCCUCAGGGAUGAAGACCUGCGUGGAGCUUCUGGUGAAGAGUGAUGCUGACCUGUUUGCCGAGAACGAGAACAAGGAGACGCCUUGUGACUGUGCCGAGAAGCAGCACCACAAGGAGCUGGCCCUCAGCCUCGAGUCCCAGAUGGUCUUCUCCAAAGACCCCGAGGCGGAAGACAUCGAGGCUGAGUACGCUGCCCUGGACCGCAAAGAGCCCUACGAGGGCCUGAAGCUGCAGGACCUGCGACGACUCAAGGACAUGCUGAUCGUGGAGACGGCCGACAUGCUGCAGGCUCCACUCUUCACCGCCGAGGCGCUGCUCAGGGCACAUGACUGGGACAGGGAGAAGUUACUUGAAGCCUGGAUGUCCAACCCUGAAGACUGCUGCCAGCGGUCAGGGGUCCAGAUGCCAACGCCUCCGCCCAGCGGGUACAACGCCUGGGACACACUGCCCUCCCCCCGGACCCCCCGAACCACCCGCUCCUCUGUCACCUCACCUGAUGAGAUCAGCCUUUCACCUGGGGAUGAGAGUGUGCCGCUGUGUGGUAUCUGCAUGUGUGCCAUCUCUGUGUUCGAAGACCCUGUGGACAUGUCAUGUGGUCACGAGUUUUGCAGAGGCUGCUGGGAAGGGUUUUUAAAUAUGAAGAUCCAAGAGGGGGAGGCUCACAAUAUCUUCUGCCCGGCCUAUGACUGCUUCCAGCUGGUUCCUGUGGAAGUCAUAGAGAGUGUGGUUUCCAGAGAGAUGGACAAGCGCUACCUCCAGUUUGACAUUAAGGCAUUCGUGGAGAACAACCCUGCGAUUCGGUGGUGCCCCACUGCCGGGUGUGAGCGGGCAGUCCGCCUCACCCGCCAAGGCCCGGGUGCCAGCGCUUCCGACUCCCUCAGCUUCCCCUUGCUCAGAGCUCCUGCUGUGGAUUGUGGAAAGGGCCACCUCUUCUGCUGGGAGUGCCUUGGAGAGGCCCAUGAACCAUGUGAUUGCCAAACCUGGAAGAUGUGGCUCCAGAAAGUCUCGGAGAUGAAGCCGGAAGAAUUGGCGGGUGUGAGUGAGGCUUAUGAAGACGCUGCCAACUGUCUGUGGUUGCUCACCAACUCCAAACCCUGUGCCAACUGCAAGUCACCAAUUCAGAAGAAUGAGGGCUGCAAUCACAUGCAGUGUGCCAAGUGUAAGUAUGACUUUUGCUGGAUCUGCCUGGAGGAGUGGAAGAAGCACAGCUCGUCUACAGGGGGCUACUACCGCUGCACACGCUACGAGGUCAUCCAGCAGGUGGAGGAGCAGUCCAAGGAGAUGACCGUGGAGGCUGAGAAGAAGCACAAGAGCUUUCAGGAACUUGACCGUUUCAUGCACUACUACACACGCUACAAGAACCAUGAACACAGCUACCAGCUGGAGCAGCGUCUUCUGAAAACAGCCAAAGAAAAGAUGGAACAGCUGAGCAGAGCCUUCAGUGGGAGGGAAGGCACUGCCCCUGACACCAUGUUCAUCGAAGAUGCUGUGCAUGAGCUUCUGAAGACCCGCCGCAUCCUCAAGUGCUCUUACCCAUAUGGCUUCUUUCUGGAACCCAAAAGCACAAAGAAAGAAAUAUUUGAACUUAUGCAGACUGACCUGGAGAUGGUGACAGAGGACCUCGCUCAGAAAGUCAACAGGCCUUACCUCCGCACCCCUCGCCACAAGAUCAUCCGCGCUGCCUGCCUGGUCCAGCAGAAGAGGCAGGAGUUCUUGGCAUCUGUCGCCAGGGGAGUGGCCCCCAACGACUCCCCUGAAGCCCCACGGCGCAGCUUCGCUGGAGGGACAUGGGACUGGGAGUACCUAGGUUUUGCUUCUCCUGAGAUCCUGAGGAAUCAAUCAGUACUUGGAGGGAAUGAUCAAAGAGAGAACUGUCAAAAUUCAGGAGGCCAGCAGCAGGAGUAUGCUGAAUUUCAGUACCGCCGGCGGCACCGGCAGCGGCGGCGUGGCGACAUGCACAGCCUACGGAGCAACACCCCUGACCCUGACGAUGCAGGAGAAAGCACUUUAGAUGCCCAGGAGGGGGGCGGAGGGAGGAGACACGUGCCCUCCAUGGUGAGUUCAGCUUCUAUGAGUAUUCUGCACAGCUCCUCACUCCAUGACUACUAUACCCCUCUCAGUCCCUCUGAAAACCAGGACUCACUCCAGGGCCUCAGCUCCCUGGAUGAGGACGACCCCAACAUUCUGCUGGCUAUUCAGCUGUCCCUGCAGGAGUCUGGGCUGGCUAUGGGCAGUGAAGCCCAGGAGUUCCUGAAUAAUGAAGCCUCGCUGGGGGCCAUCGGCACCUCCCUGCCAUCCAGGCUGGACCCCGCCCCCCAUAGCAUGGAGGUUCCGCGCACCGCCCUGAGCAGCUCUGAGCUGCUGGAGCUGGGGGACAGCCUAAUGAGGUUGGGCAACAUCACCAGCCAGUAUGCCCCCGAACGCUUUGACAACCUGCAGCCCUUCGGUGACGCCCCGGGGGGCGUCUUCUCCUCAUCCAGCGACACGGACUCUGCCUGCCACGACCCCUCCGCCAACGCCAACCUGCUGGGCAACAUCAUGGCCUGGUUCCACGACAUGAACCCCCAGAGCAUUGCACUGAUCCCCUCAGCUUCCUCCGACCCACCCCCGGAUGCCCUGGCGCUGCUUGCUGCCAAAGAGGCCCCGGAGUCUCAGGUGCAGCCCCGGGAGGUGGGGGAGGGGCAGGGGGAGCAGCAGGGGGAGGAGUCUGAGGUGGGGAGGGCAGAGCCAGAGCCCCCCCAGCCUGGUGAGGAUGCGGAGGCUUUGUGGCCCAGCCAACUCGAGUUGGAGGGUGUGUCCACCACCGCUGCAGCCACUACCCGGGACCUGGAGCAGGAGGGUGGAGAGAGCCACUGUAGCACCACCCUUGGUCAUGCCGACGUCCCUGAAUGUGACUCCGACCCUAGGCUCCAACCGGGAAGCUCAUCCCCUGAGUGGGAGGAGCAAGUGCACCUGGUGUGAAAGCAGGCAAGGUGCAUCCUCCUGUAAUGUCUCUACCACUUUGAAAGGCAGAUCAGCCAUGGCAGCCAACGGAUAGGAAAAGAGAGCUGAUUACUGGUAACGCAACCAAGAGCUAACUUUUUUGGGGAGGAGAGAGGAAUCGAAUUGGAAUUCACAAGUGUUGAUUAAAGUGAUCCAAAGUUUAAGAAAAAUUUUUCCACAAAUCUGGAAAAUUCUCCUUGUGUCAUGCAGUACUUGGAUAAUAAUAAUGGCGAGUGGCAAAGUCCUUCAAAAAAAGCAAGUGCCAGUAAGAAAGGACAGUGAAGUACUUUCAAAUGAGAAAGCAUUGUUUGUAAAGAAGAGCUGCUUUUCUCUAAUAAGUGAUAGAUUAGACUAUCAAAUCAGCUGUAUGUCAACGUGCUUUUUUCUCAUGAGCACCCUGGCAACACCCCCUGUCCUCCUUUGAUCUCUCACCCCAACUGGGAAGGCUGUAGCCAUGACAUCAGGGUGGCGAUGAGGUGGGCGGGAGUGGCUUUGGCGUCGGCCCACUGGUGGCGUGGUUGCAGUACA